GGUGCUUUUGCGGACGCAGUACUCCCGUCAGCCCGAAUCAAUGCGUCUACAGACCGCAGGAAUAGUAAUGUUCGCAAUGCGGGCGCGAGCGCUGCUCGCACCCAUGCGUACGCGCGUGUCUGCCGGCGCUGCCAGCCGCUGCAAGUCCUCGCAGCGAUUGCGGACGCUUGCGGCGUCGCGCGCGGACCUGGAGGGUCUAACGGUGCCCGUGCUAAAAGAUAGACUUCGAGCACAAGGUUUGAAAGUCGGCGGAAAGAAACAGGAGCUCGUCGAACGCCUCCUCGAGAGCGCGCCCGCGCCCGCGGCGCCCGCAGCGCCCGCAGCGCCCGCACCGGUCAAGCAGACGAAGCCUCGACGCGGCGACGGCCGCCCGCACGCGAACCCGCACAACGCCGAGCGCUGCGAGGCCGAGAUCGUGUCGUUCGGGCCGCUGGGAGCCUCCGUCGUCGUCGAGUUCCGCGACGGAAGAUUCGGGGAGGGGCUCGUCCUGCAGAAGGAGCUCCAAUAUUUACGAGAGUCGCGGCGGGGCGCGGGAGCGGAGCUUGGGGAGAUGGUGUCGGCGUUUGCGGCGCCGUCGCCGACCGUCGAGGACAAGUACGACGUCUUCCUGCGGCCGCCGUCGGCGGAAGGGAAGAAUCGCGACGCCGCGGCGCUGAUCCUCGCGGAAUUAGAACGGCGCGGCGGCAAGCUCGACGUCGGCGACAAAUCCUCACCCGAGGACAUCGCUGCGAUUUUACCGGGCCUCUCGAAGUCCGUCUUCAAGAACGCCGUCGGCAACCUGUACCGCGCGAAGAAGGUCGUGCCGGGGCGGCACGAGGUGCGACUGGCGGAGUAAUUGUGUGUGGCUAUUAGU